AUGGACCCCUUCACUGUACAGCAGCAAAACAACCGCGGACCGUCAACCGCGGAAGAGUUGCGUGUCGCGCCGCCUCUCGCAGAUAUUGACCAACCCCCUGUCCAAAUCCCAGGACAGGCGCGUUUGGACGACGCCGUGGGAAAGGCCGUUGGUGGAACUGUCAUUCCCUCGGACAUGCGCCCCACAGACAUGCCCUCGUCUACAAAGCUCGAUGCUGCAAAGGCAGACCUGCCAGCAGAGGAGCAGCCUCAGCAUCGUGCCAAUCCCCAGUCCACGCAGGUCGACCAAUCCUCCAAUAGCACCGAAAAGAAAAACAGCGAGGCUAAGGACGAGGACAAGAAGGAUGACAAGAAGGAUGAUAAGAAGGAGGUUCCCAAGGACAAGGUCGUUGGUGCCUAUCCAGUUGUCACCCGCAUUGGCUGGCUCGAGGCGUACAAGCGCACCGAUGGCCCUAGCAACGAAUUUCGCGACAAGUCCAUCUGGAUGGAGGAAUUUGCAAGCAGUGCUCUCUUUGGCGCCUUCUGGCAGAAUGCUGCUGCCGUGAUUACGCUCCCGGUUGUGUGCUAUGUAGUCUUCAAGCUGGGUGGUGGAUUCGUCUCCUUGAUUCUCAUCAUUGCUUUUGGAGCUACAUAUUACAAGAACUCCAUCCGCCGAUUCAGACGGAAUGCUAGGGAUGAUAUCACCCGUGAGCUGAUCCGCAAUUCACUCGAGAAUGACGCAGAAUCUACAGAGUGGAUUAACAACUUUAUGUCAAAGUUCUGGCUCAUUUAUGAGCCGGUACUGAGUGCUACCGUUGUCCAGACCGUGGACGGCAUCCUGGUGGACCAAACACCGGCAUUCUUGGACUCUAUUCGAUUGACGACCUUCACUUUGGGAACCAAGGCCCCACGUGUGGAGAGCAUCAAGACGUUCCCGAAGACCGAUCCCGACGUCGUGAUGAUGGACUGGAGAGUGUCGUUUACUCCCACAGAUGUCGAGGACAUGACUCCAAGGCAACUUCGCACUCAGAUCAACCCAAAGAUCUGUUUGACGAUCCGCGUAGGAGGCAAAAUGAUCGGUGCUGGAAUGCCAAUCUUGGUCGAGGACGUUUCUUUCCAGGGCUACAUUCGCCUCAAGCUGAAGUUGACAUCCAACUUUCCGCAUAUCAAGACCCUCGACUUCACUUUUCUGGAACCUCCGAUCAUUGAUUACGUCCUCAAGCCAGUUGGCGGUGAAACCUUUGGCAUGGAUAUUGCACAUAUUCCAGGCCUACACUCAUUUAUUCGCGACCAGACAAACGCCAUCCUUGGCCCUAUGAUGUAUGCUCCGAACGUGUACACUCUGGACCUUGAACAGAUGAUGAGUGGCGGAUCUGCGUUGAAUGCAGCCAUUGGUAUCGUUCAAUUCACGGUCUACAACGCCAAGGACCUUAAGAAUGCUGAGAUGUUGGGCAAAUCGGAUCCAUAUAUUAAGAUUCGUCUUGGCAACCGCCCCGAGCUUGCGUCGACUGCCGUUCAGAAGAACACCGUCAACCCGGUGUGGAACGAAACAAACAUCAUUCUGAUCAACAACCUCAACGAGGUCGUGUGCAUGGAAAUCUUUGACAAGGACAACGUCCGCAAGGAUCCCUCACUCGGUCAGGCCAAUUUUGAUCUAAAGUCGCUGGAGGAAGAUCCUGUGCAGGACGAUGUUUGGUGCAAAGUUCUUCGAAACGGCAAGGAGCGCGGCUCUGUUCGCAUUCGCGCCGCAUUCUUUCCUGUACAGAAACCUGAACCUAUUACUGAAGGAGGCGAGGCAGUCCCUGUCGAGUCCAACUCGGGUAUCUUGUCGAUGAACCUGGCACAGGCCAAAGAUAUUGCUCGCAGUGGCAAGACCAAGUCCCUGUGCCAGAUCUCCUUGAACGGCCGUAUCGUGCACGAGACAAAGAAGAUGCUUGGAGCAAGUCCAGCCUGGGGUGCUGACGUUGAUGUUUUUGUUACGGAUCUUCAGGCUGCUCAGAUCAAAGUGGAUGUCGUUUCAGAUGGUAGCGUUUUCGGCUCGUAUGGCGUCUCAGCUAGCAAGCUCUUGCAGGACACUGAAAACAAGGUCGAGUGGGCCACACUCAAUGGUGGCGAUAGUACUGGAAAGAUCAAGAUGACCGCUAUCUGGAAGCCGAUCCUCAUGGGAGAGGGCCUCAACCCGACCGUGCAUAAGCCCGCCUUUGGUGUGUUACGUGUGCAGUUCUUUGCUGGUCGCGACAUUCGAAACGUCGAGAUCGGAAGCAGCUCUGACCCUUACGUUGUCAUUACUGGAGAAAGAGGACUCGGUCAUGGACGCACCAAGGCGAUCGAAAACAACCUGAAUCCGGUGUGGAAUGAGAUUCACUAUGUGGCGGUCAACUCGGUUAAGCAGGUCUUUGAUUUUGAGGUCUAUGACUAUCAGAAGGUGACCAAGGACAGGACUCUCGGAAAGACAUCGUUCAACGUGAGUGAGGUCAUCGAAGAAUUACCCGACAAGGCCGGAUAUGUCGCUCGCCCAAAAGUGGAUCGAUGGGCACCGCUGAAGCAGAAGGGCGGCUCUAACAAGGGCGAGAUCCAUUAUGAGAUUUCUUUCUAUCCGUCUCUCGAUCUCGCUCAGGAGGCCACAGAGAACGAGCGUGCCGCUUCACCUCUUGCGUCUGUAACCGCGCCCAACUCCAACGGCGUGGCUCCUGAACAGGUUGCACCCUACAAUGUAGCGUCUGCAUCCUCGGCACCCAUGGAUAUGACUACCAACAAUGCCCCCACAACUUUGCACCCAGGGACCAUUUCCGCACGCGAAGAACUUGAGUACGACUCUGGAAUUCUCGUCACAACGUUGAUUGGCGCCGAUCUGGAUCGAUCUGGAGCAUACUGCGAGUUCUAUAUCGACAGCGACUACUACCAAUAUAAAUCGCAGGUCCAAAAGACCCGUGCCCCCAAGUGGAACGAAGUGGCCGAUAUUUUCGUCAAGGAGCUCGAGUACGCUAAGCUGACGGUUGUUGUCAAAGAAAAGUCCUCGAUGGAAAAGGAUCCCAUUAUCGGUGUGUUUACCAGUCAUGUCCGAUCAUUACUGGAGGACUAUCCUAAAGAUAUGGCGAGCCUUCCUUUGCUCGACAGGGGCAGCCAGCGAGGUAGCAUUCAGCUCAAGUUUAAAUACCUGCCUGUCCCGAUUGAGCUCUUACCCAAGGAGCGUCUCGAUAAUAUGGGCAACCUUACCAUUAACUUAAUCAGGGCCAGAAACUUGAUCGCAGCUGACCGCUCCGGUGCCAGCGAUCCAUACCUGAUCUUCAAGGUGAAUGGUAAAGACGUCUACAAGUCUGAGGUCAUCAAAAAGACUCUCAAUCCAGAAUACAAUGAGAAUUUUGUUCUCCCUAUUGUAUCCCGCGCAGACGACCAGCUGUCCUUUGAGGUCUUUGACUGGAACCAAGUGUCGACUGCAAAGUCCCUCGGAGUGGGCACAAUCGAUCUUCGUAGCAUCCAACUAGUUCUUCCCAAUGAUUUCCUGGUCCCUUUGCAGAAUAAGCACAAUCAGGGCGAGGUUCUGUUGCGUGUGAAAUUCAUGCCCGAGUUUCUGUCGUCCAACAAGCGCAAGUCGGGGUUCGGUGCAACGUUCCUGGGCGGAGGAGUGAACGCAAUCGGCCAUGCUGGAAUGGCAGGAGUGGGCGCUGUCGCUGGUGGAGUUGGUGCUGUAGGGCAAGGAGCGAUGGGUGUUACAGGAGCUGUCGGGAAGGGUGCGAUCAAGGGUGUCGGCGCAGUGGGUAAAGGCGUCUUUGGUGGUCUCUCUGCUGGUGCAUCUGCUGUUGGUCUUCAUAGACGAGCAGACAAGUCUGGAUCCCAACACGGCAUUGAUCCUUCCAGUUCAGCAGGCAUGGGUGCACCUGCAGUGAGUGCUGAUCAGUCGCAUGCAGUCGGUGCACCAGGUAAUCUGACUAUCCAUGUUGUUGAGGCAGACGGACUAUUGGGCGUCGACAGGAGUGGUUCUAGCGAUCCCUAUGUGAAGGUUGCAGUCAACGGACAAAGCGUGUUGAAGACCAAGGUGAAGAAGGAGACCCUUGCACCCAACUGGAACGAAUCUGUUGUCGUCAAAGUCCAGGGUGGACAUCCUAUUACAAUGAACUGCCUGGUCAAGGACCACAAUACCCUUGGUGGAAACAAGGACUUGGGCGACUGUGACAUUCCGGUGUGGGAAUACAUCCAGCCAGGAGCCGAAGGACCCUCAGGUCAAAACCGCGCCGAUUUCUGGGCAGCCCUGGGCGGUACUGGUGGACGACUCCAUCUUGCUCUCGAGUUUGAGCCGAGCUCUGGUCAGUAG